CCUCCCGCUGCCGGGGCGGUGCGGGGCGAUGACGGGCGUGCUGGCAGCCGUCCUGCCCGCUGUCCUGCCCGCCGCCUGGUCUCUGCUGGCCGCCGCCUUCCUAGCGGCGCUGCUGCUGCGGGACCCGGCGCGGCGGCCCCGUGGCGUCUCCAUCUCCGUCUCCGACCUCUUCCAGGAUCUCAUCCGCUACGGGAAGACCAAGCGCGGGUGCGGGCGGCGCCCGGCCUGGCUGCGCCUCCUCCAGGUGCCCAAGAGGUGGUUUACUCACUUUUAUGUGGUUUCUGUCCUCUGGAAUGGCUUUCUGCUGGUCUGGCUUUCCCGAGCUGUGUUCCUUAAAGGACCGCUCCCAUCAUGGAUCCAGAAGGUGCACCGUGCUCUUGGCAGAGAAACUCAGAAUGAGGACACAGAUAGUGAGCACUUGUCUGCGCUUCUGGUUCUCCUGUUGCUUUGGCUGCAUAGUUGUCGAAGACUUGCAGAGUGCCUCUGGACCAGCGUGUUUUCUAAUGGCGUUAUUCAUAUCGUGCAGUAUUGCUUCGGACUUGCUUAUUACAUUGCCGUUGGCUCAACUGUGCUAUGUCAAGUACCUACUAACAUCAUGAAUGGAAAAGAGCUUUCUGUGCAGAUAUCUUGGUAUCACUUCGCAGGAGUUGUGAUGUACAUUUGGGCCUCACUUCACCAACACAAAUGUCUUGUCAUUCUAGCUAAUCUUAGAAAAACUAAAUCAGGACAGGUCGUAAGUCUGGGCCACAGUGUACCUUCUGGACACUGGUUUGAGAGAGUUUCUUGUCCUCAUUAUUUUGCAGAACUCCUGAUAUAUGUAUCUAUGGCCAUCACAUUUGGAUUUCACAACAUGACGUGGUGGUGUGUAGUGAUGUAUGUUCUUUUUAACCAGGCACUGGCUGCUGUUUUGUGUCAUGAUUUCUAUCAGGAAAACUUUAGCUCCUACCCAAAGCAUCGAAAAGCAUUUAUACCAUUUGUUUUUUAGAGUAUUUCUUCUUUGGUGUAAACUGGGAAAUGUUUUCUAUAAGGGAAUAAGAGAUUUAUAGUUUAUUUAAGUAAAAACAAAAUUGCACAUUUUCUAGUUUAAAAGCUCAUAAUUUUGAUAAUCUCAUCCAUGUUACAAAUUUAUUUGGGGAAAUGUAAGGCCUCUAUGUAUCAUACAAGCUAAACAAAAAAAGUUUAAUGAAGACUUUAAUUCAAACUGAAGAGCUGCUCAUUGGCUCUUUUCUGUUUUAUAUUUAUGCAUAAAACCUUUGCUGUUGUGCAGCAAGCUAAAAUACACACACACACAAACUAUGUGGUGAAAGGAGGGUGCAGGGAAUAACUUGAACUACUGUAUUUCAUGCCUUGUCUAAUAUUUAAGCUAAUAUUUUUUUCUUAGUCUCUUUUCUUUGAGUCAUGUCAGAGGGAGGCAAAUGGUAUAUUGUCCUUCUGUGCUUCCCUGUUGAUAAUUAAAACGAGUCACUGCUUUAUAACUGCAAGCACAAAAAACAGUGGAGAAAGCUGUGGUGGAGGAAUGACUCAUGCUCAGCAGUGGAGAUAAACAGACCCAUUCUCUGCAUUAUCUGUUCUGCACCAAAGUCAGUAUUCAUUGAUGAAAACUCCUCAUUUAUGCCUAAACUGGGGAAAAUAAUGGAAAGUUCUCUGUCUAGAGAGACAAUAAAAGGGAAUUUGCAGAAAGUUAAUGUUCUUGGUUAUGGUUUUGUCAUGCUUAUUGCAGGUUUUUGGAAUUGUUAAGAGGGGGUAGUUAUGUAGGAUGACCAUAACCAGGGCUACACUGUUUUUUACACAGCCUGUGAGAGCAGAUGUAAUGAACUGCUGAGGCAGAGAACACACAGAAACCUAUACCUGACAAGCGUUGCAAAGAAAUUCUUUAGUGGGGAAGAUGAUGUCACUCAGUACAGGGGGAGGGGAGUGGUGGUGUGCUUAAUCAUUGAAUAUUUUGGUCCUCAUGAUACAGGAGUGAAUGAUCAGUUUGCAUGACAUAGCACAUAAAUGCUGGUGUUUCAGCAUGUUUUCUGCUUACAUGUCUGUAUUAUUUUGUAUAUGAGAAGAAUUUAAAUGUACUGAAGGUUAUCUUAGGAAUUAUCUAAUUGAAACAUUUUAUGACAGUUUAUUUCUAGUUCCCUUUUGUAUAAUGUUCCAAAAUGGAGUUACGUAUUUGCAAAACAUGAGCAAUUACUUUGCACAAAACAUCGUCCCUCUCUUGGCUCUCACAUUCCUCUCUCCAUCACUUCACCAUGGAACAUCAACAGCCCUGUCUUGGGACCGCAUCUUUCCGUGUUAUUUUUGUUAGUCAUUCUCAGGAGGCUCCUUGAACCUGGCUCCAAGCAUCUCCCGCCUGGGCUGGGAGAGCACCGGGAUGCAUGGCCCUCCUCUGGUUGCACUGUGAAAAUUAACUGAGAAGUUUUGCUGCAGAUGGUUUGUAUAAUGAUCUUGUGAAAUCUGUCUUGUAUCAAGAGUUAGUAUGCAGACAAUCUCCAGACAUGGAUAAAUAACCUGGAAGAAUAAACACUGUAUCUUUAGAGUUGAAAGAAUUUAUUGAUGUGCUUAGUUGUCUGGUAAGAUGUAGCAGUUUUAGGUCAAGAGAUAACGUGAAGGGACUGUCCAGACAUGGUUGGAUAAUGUAGAAACUAAAACAUUCUUUGGGGACUUACAGGAUUCUUUGCCUAAAACUAGUCUCUAUACCUACUGUAAGAUGGAAUGCCUUUUUUAGAAGGAUUGAACUGUAAAAUAAAAAUAUU